UCAGAUAACGUCAGCUUCUUCUCUGGAGAGCGUUGAAUCACCAUGGCAAUCAUUGCAAGCAAGACAGUGAAAACAAGUUGGAUUAGGAGAAACCCCGUUGGCAAGAUGACGAGCAGAAGCAUCCUUCCCCAAAAAGAGAAGCUGCUUAGCAUAACUGUACAUAUUGUUGUAUGUAAGGCUUUGGCGCCCUCUAGCGGAGGUGAUCAGCAGGAGGAAAGGUUACAGGUCCGGUUGUUAUGGUGAAGCAUUUCCCUGGAGGGGCUGGCCGUGCCUGGAGCAGCAGCUGACUUCCAGAACCUCCCGCAGGAGCCGGAGCCGGAGCCGGAGCCGGAGCCCUCCUCCUCGCAUGCAUUCAACAGUGCAGUUGCAGCCGGAAGGUGUCCAACGCGGUUCCCCUGGAGGCCCGGCCAGAAUCCUAUCCAGAUACAAUGAUGGUGAUUUGUGAAUAAUCACCGGUCACCACCAAAGGAUUUUGAAUAGCAGCUUCCUGGAGUUACAAGAAUUUUUUUCCAGAUAGGGUUAGUCUUGAACAUAAGGAACAUUUAAUUGAGAAAUUGAAAAUCAACAUUGGAUUAUUGGCCAAGUGUCACACCAAUGGCACGAAGAGGAGGACUGACUAUUGGCGACAAUGCUCAGUUUGACUGUUUUCGUUAUUUUGAUACAUUUUUCAUUUUUCUUGGCCAGAUAGAAGUUCCAGUCUGAAACAUGGGAAAGAGACACUGCAGUCAUUCUACGUGUUGCUUCUUUCUGCAACCACGGAGAUAUUUGUCAUCUCAUUCCACUACAUAAGUUGAAAUCUGUUUGUUUGUUUUUUUGGCUUUAUUUUGUUGAUUUCUGCACCUUCACCUAUGCAAGAAACCUAUUUUGAAUUAUACAUCCAACACAACACUUAAAUUGUAAAAAAAAAGCAGAAAUAUUGAGUGACGGUGCUGCGGCAUUAUGGCCGCCGACCACGGCGAGUUGCUCGCUGAGAUGUCCACCAUUGGCCGCCUGACUGCCACAGAACGUCUCAGACAAGCCCAAAGGCGGCGUGCUCAACAACUGAAGGCGUGGGCCCGAAUGGAGAAGGAUGCGGCACGAGCCUCUAAAGCCAAAGCGGAUAAGAAGAAGCGCACAAGGAAAGUGACCUUCCCCAGCGCCAUCACUCUUCUUGAUGCGGCCGCACGCAAUGACCUGGAUGAGGUGAGGGAGAUGCUCAACAGUGGCGUGAGCCCUGAUCUGGUCAAUGAAGACGGACUGACCGCCCUCCAUCAGUGCUGCAUUGAUGACUUUGUGGGCGUGGUGCAGUGCCUGCUGGACGCCGGUGCAAGUGUCAAUGCCUGUGACAGUGAGCUGUGGACACCGCUGCACGCUGCUGCCACCUGUGGGCACACUGGGCUGGUGCAGCUCCUUAUUCAGGCUGGAGCCGACCUGAUGGCCGUCAACGCGGAUGGAAACAUGCCCUAUGACCUCUGCGAGGAUGAAGCCACACUUGAGCUCCUGGAGAUGGUCAUGGCUGAGCAGGGAAUAACGCAGACCCGCAUCGAUGAAUGCCGAGGCGCUAAAGAGGCGGUGAUGCUCGCUGACAUCCGAACUCUACUUCACAACGGAGCCGACUUAAACAGUCAGGAUGAUAACGGAACGACGCUGCUGCAUAUUGCAUCUGCCAAUGGAUACCUGUCUGUGGCCGAGCUGCUGCUGGAGCACAAGGCUCAGGUGGAGAUAAAGGACUGUGAUGGGUGGACGCCAUUGCAUGCUGCCUCCUGCUGGGGACAAAUCCAAAUGGUGGAGCUGCUGGUGGGCCACGAAGCCAGCUUAGACUCAAAGUCCGUCCUGGAUGAGACUCCCCUGGAUGUGUGCAUGGAUGAAGAGGUCAGAGCCAAACUAAUGGACCUCAAGCACAAACAUGAUGCCAUCAUGAAGAGCCAGGACCGCCACAAGGGCACCUUGCAAAGACGAGCUUCUAGUACCGGCAGCAGAGGGAAAGUGGUGCGUCGUGUCAGUGUGAACGAGCGCUCCAGCCUGUACAGGCGGGAGCAUCACAAAGAGGCCGUGGUGUGGCAGGAGAGGGGCUUCCAGUCUGAACCGCAAGAUGACGACGAGGACCGUCUGACUGACAAUGAGCUGCAUCAGCAUGCCGGAGGUGAAGCCUCGUCACAUGCCGAUGAGGCGGACCCUACUGUCGGCAAUAGUGUGUCAAGCCUUGGCAACGGAGGGACAUCGGUUUCUCUGGCCUCUUCUGUGCCUGGAGAGCAAUGGAGCGGAGGAGGUCGCAUGGACCGUAGCGCCUCCUACCAUCUCAACAAAACAUCGGGGCCUGUAGCCGAAGAAGGCUCGGACAGUAUGACCCGGGAAAAAUCUCACCAGACGUUGGCCGAUCUGAAACGGCAACGGGCGGCGGCCAAGCUUAAUAAGUACCCUGCGCCGCCGCCGCCUUUGACCCCACCCAUAGAAGAAGAGACCCCCUCGGUCGCUGCGUCCGAGGUGAUGAGUCCUUCGGUGCAGCAGGCCGGCCCCAUGGGGCCACACGGCACCGACACAGUAGCAUCCUCCAGCCAGGUGUUCUUCACACCAGCCAGUGGAGAUCCUCCUUUACUAAAACUGCGAGCUCCCGAGGAAGACCAGUCUACCAAUAAGGAGCCUUGCUGUAGUCUCAUGUAGGGUCAGAGAAGAUGGAUUUUUUUUUUUUUUUUUUUUUACACUCCAACAUUCUUUAUGCGUGUCUGCAUUUAGGCCGCAUGCCACAGCGCUCACAAGUGUUAUUCGUUCCUCUCACCUGAUGAUUUCACAGAAUGGUCCACUUUUUUUCAAUCUCUUCACUCCUCUGCAAACUGUUACCUGAUGUGUUUUUUUUUCAAUUUUUGAAUCAUACUAAAGGCUUUAUGUUAAUAUUUUUAAUGGUGAUGUUUGUAAAUGGUCUUUCUCAAAAAUAUAAGUUGAUUUUUAAUUAAAUCCACACCUAAUUCACUCAACUUGUUUCCCAAUAAUGCAAUUUUCUUAACAUUUCCAACUAAAUAUGUGAGGAAAAACUUAACAAUACCGUAAAUAUAGCGCAACGGUAACAACUCGCUGAAAAUUAAUAACAAGCUUACUUUUCUCGUGCCCGCACCGUCGGAGCGGGUUUGUAUUGAUGACGUCGUUGUAUCAAAGGUUGUCUCCCUUAUCUACGCCAUGUGAAAUGUCAUCCAAGUUCACGAUCUGAAGAAAUCCUAGGCAAGCUCUACAUCAAAUAUUCAUUCUCAUUAUGUGCUUCACACACGACCAAAAAUGAUCCAUUUAUGACAUCAUUAGAAUUUUAUUUUGUAUUCUUUACUCUUUUUGUAACCAUUUGUUUGUAGCUUGGUAAGAACGCUUAUUUCAAGUAGUCGGCAUUUUCCACUCAGGUGACCCAAAAACACGAUGACAGC